ACACGCAGUUUUUGUGUUGGGCCGCGUUUUCGAGUGGGCUCUAAGAUUCGCAGCGGGCCCCGGGCAAACCGCCUCCAUGUUCUGCUUUGUGCUUCUAGGUCGCUGACCCGCCUCCCGUCGCCUUGUUUUGCGGAAACCCAGGAGGGACGGGCGGAUCGGACCCGCCAGCGUAAUUCCCGGCCUUGCUCCAGAGUUGUGGUUUUCUCGGACGGCUUUCCUCACAGGAAUAUGGCGGAUGGCGGGCAUUAUUAUGAACACGAUGACCGAACUGGCCCCCAGUUCCGGAGUCGCAAAGGCCGAGGUUCCCACCGAGGCAGGUCAUACAGUGAUGGGUCUCGCAGGGACCGCCAACGAGGGAGCCACUCUGGAGGCUUUGGGGGCGCUGGACCAAGGUCCAAAUUUGAAGACAAUGAUGGAGAUGUAACGAUGAGUGAUAGUUCUCAGGACAGCAGCUCCCAGCGCAGAUUCAACCCUUAUGGGAGGCCGUAUCGGAGAGGGGAUGGAAGAUUUGACAGAGACCGACGCAGAGGCAGAGGAGGUGGGGGCGGAGGGAAAGGAGAUGGUGGCUACAAAGGAGACCGGGGAGGAGGGGGCGGCGGCGGUGGUGGAGGAGGAGGGAAAAACCGAUCCGGCUGGUACAAAGUAACAAUACCACAUGGAAGGAAGUAUGACAAGAAAUGGUUAUUGACAGCGUUGCAGAACAUCUGUUCUGUGCCCUACACUCCUGUGCAGUUCCAUGUUGACAAUCACAGGGCCCAUUUCUACGUGGAUGAUGCCUCAGUUGCCAGCGCACUACACAAAUGUACCCACAAGAUCACAGACACAAAUGGUUACAAGGUGGAAGUGCACAUCAACCCCUGUAACCCUCCCUCAUUCCUCCUCUCCGAUCUGAAGCCUGAACAUAUGGAGCACUUAAAGCAAUGCAUGGCGAAGCGUUUUGAUGGCUCCCAGCAGGCGCUCGACCUGAACAACAUCCGGACGGACCCAGACCUGGUCUCCCAAAACAUUGAAGUAAUCCUGAAUAGGAAGACAAGCAUGGAAGCCGUGAUCAGGAUCAUUGAGGAGAACAUUCCAGAGCUGGUGUGCCUGGAUUUGAGCAACAACCGUAUUCAUAAGCUGGAUGAGUUGGCUGAACUGGUUAGUAAGGUGCCCCACCUGAAGACCCUCAACCUGUCCAACAACGAGCUUAAGACUGACCGGGAGCUUGACAAGUUGAAAGACUUAAAGCUGGUGGAGCUGUGGCUGGACCGCAACCCUCUGUGUGUCGUCUUCAAGGACCAAGCCACCUACAUCAGUGCUGUGCGUCAGAGGUUUCCCCGGCUUCUCAAACUGGAUGGCCACGUUCUCCCUCCACCCAUAGGCUUCGAUGUAGAAACACCCACCGCUAUUCCCCCCUGCAAGGGCAGUUGUUAUGGCUCCGAUGAAAUCAAAGCAGUCAUUCUGCGCUUCCUGCAGCAGUACUACAGCAUAUAUGACUCGAGGGACAGACAGCCUCUUUUGGAUGCCUACCAUGAUGGAGCAUCCUUUUCACUAAUGACACCUUUCUCUGCCCAGAACCCCUCCAGGAGCAGUCUGGGAGAAUACCACAAAGACAGUCGAAACCUGAAGCGGGUCAAAGACUCCACGAUACGGUUCCGGCUACUGAAGCACACACGGUUAAACGUGGUGGCUUUUCUCAAUGAGCUCCCCAAAACGCAGCAUGACACCGCCUCCUUUACCAUUGACGUGAACACAUACACGAAUACACUACUGUCAUUCACUGUGAGUGGAGUAUUUAAAGAAGUCGAUGGUAAAUCACGAGACUCCACCAUGGCCUUCUCUCGAGUCUUCAUUACAGUUCCUGCAGGAAACUCUGGUUUGUCUAUAGUGAAUGACCAGAUUUUCAUCCGGAUGGCCACGACGGAGGAAAUCAGAAGAGCGUUUGUGGCUCCUGCCCCGACCCCGUCUUCCAGCCCUGUGCCCACCCUCAGCGCACCCCAGCAAGAAAUGCUCGCCGCCUUCUCUCUGAAGUCCGGCAUGAACCUGGAGUGGUCACAGAAGUGUCUACAAGACAACGAAUGGGAUUUCAACAGAGCGGCACAAAUCUUCACUCAGUUGAAGACGGACGGCAAGAUCCCCGACGUUGCAUUCAUAAAGUGAAGAUUUGAAUGAGGAUUACCACUUUGGGAUACAUAAAAUUGGUUGUCAAAAUAUUUCUUUUAUCCCCUUUUUUCACAAUUGGAUGUAUUGAAGUGUUUGUAACAAGUUAACUUUCUUUACCAAUGCUUUGUUAUACAAGCUAGAGCUGUUUGACUCAAGACUGAUGGUAAAAUGAAUUUCAGUUGUUGUUGUAACCUUAGUUUUAGGUCUUUAUACAGUAUCACAGCAUGAUUUCAUAGGAAUAAAGUUAAAUUGACAAUGGCUUGUCCUGUUACAUUCAACCUGACCUUUAUGAAAAAGGCAGACAAAUUGUUCACAGUUGCGUCCAUUUCAUUUUGCUUUAUCGAGGAGCAUGGUUAUGCUACAUUAAACUAUAUGCGGUGUCUAGACAACUUCAAGACUGAGUACUAUGCAACGAGCCGUACAAGCCAUUUCAGACUCUAGCUCAUUUUAACAUGACGUUGGGAGGUGAUCGAUCAAACCCAGCUGUUCAGUUCAGUCACUGAAGGCAGUGGCUGAAUAUGCUUCAGGUUAGCCAUGCCUGCACAUAAUGAGCAACUUGCAUCUUCACCUACCCAUUGAUUUAAGGUUUUGUGGUGUCGAUAGUACAUCGUAAAUUGGUAAAUCAUAAAUAAAAUGAA